UGGAUAGCAUCCAUUCACCAUCUGGUUGGGUCCAGCCUGCAUCCAUCUUGUGCCUGUCGCCCACCUUCAUCUCCUCUCCUACCACGACCGGCCCUAGCCUCCGGCAAAUCCCCGCCGCCCACCUUGCUCGGACCGCCUCCGCCUCCGCCUCGUCCCCCACCUCCUCACGACCGGCUCGGCCUCCGCCUCGUCCCCCGCCUCCUCACGAUCGCCCCUCCCUCCGGCUCAUCCCCGACGCCCACAUCCUCACGGCUGGCCCCGACCUCCUCUUGGCCAAAGGGGGUGGGAGGAGGACGCCGCUGUGGCGGCAUCAGCAAGUUGGCCGGAGGUGUUCGUCCCUCUCCCUUAUCUCCAUUGCUUCUCUGUACGCCGUCCCUAUCAUUGUUGGAUCUUCCCAGGGUGCUACACUGUAAUUUGUCAGUCAUAGAAGGGUCUUGAAAUGGAUACAAAUGGAUGUUUCAGUGAUUUGCUAUGGAUGCCUCACAGCCAACACAAAAUAUCCAAAACUUGGGAAAAUCCUAACAUUUGCUUGAAUGUACGGUGUCAUCGUGUUGGCAUCCCAUUUGACCCCCUAUGUACAUCAGCUUUAGAGAACCUUGGUUUUUAUCAGAUUGCUAAGAUGAGGAAAAUCAAUGUCGACAAAUAUUUGAUAUCGGCAUUGGUGGAGCGUUGGCGGCCCGAGACAAACAGUUUUCACUUACCUGCAGGAGAAAUGACCAUUACGUUGCAAGAUGUCAGUUGUUUGUGGGGGUUGCCUAUCCAUGGUAAACCACUUGUUGGAAAAGCUUAUGCACAGUGGUCAGAAAUAGUUGAGAGGUUGCUUGGGAUUCCUGUGGAUGAACAACACAUGAAACAAAAGAAAAGGCGAAAAGGUGAUGAUAAUGCUGUUGUGAGGAAUUCACAAUACUCUCUAAAUCUGGGUAAACUGCGGGAACGCUUCCAUGUGUUGCCGGAUAAUCCAAUGGACAGGGAGAUUAAUUGGCAUGCUCGAGCACUUGUUCUAGAAAUUCUUGGCUCCAUAGUCUUUACUGAUACAUCUGGAGAUGGAGUGCCAGCUAUGUAUCUCCAAUUUAUGCAGGAUUUAGGACAACCAACAGAGUAUAAUUGGGGAGCAGCUGCUCUUGCUCUAUUGUAUAGACAAUUGAGCAUAGGUGCUGAGAAGGAGAGACUAGAAAUUUCAGGUCCUUUAUUGCUGCUACAGUUAUGGUCUUGGUCCCAUUUGCCACUUGGUCGCCCUAAAGUUAUUUUUGAGAAGCCCAAAGAAGGAGAGGAACUUGAUGAAGAGGAAGAAGAACAAGAAGUACACUUGGAUUAUAACCCUGUUUUUGGAGCAAAGUGGUGUGCUGCACAUGCGUUUGAUGUCCCUCAUAAUGCUGGUAUUGCAUUCUCCUCACCAAAUUUGUGUUGGCAUAAUUUGUUUUAUGACAAACAAUUUUAUCAACUUGCAAAUGAAAUAUAUAGGUACUGAAUAUUAUUGAAAUCAGAUUGACUUGAUUCGAGAAGGUGCAGUUGGUUGGCAACCAUAUGAUGAUCUUCUGGAGCAGAUGCCUUUUGAAGUUCAUCAAGAUUCUAAUUGGUGGUUUGCUAGAGUACCACUCAUGCAAUUUUGGAUUGUGGAGUUCCACUAUCCAUAUAGGGUGAUGCGACAAUUUGGAUUAAGACAACCCAUUCCCCCUUCUCUUCCACGUGGCGAGGCAGAGGUUCGAAAACUUUGAAAAAUUAAACAUUCUGCAGGAAAAUCGCAUAAUUGGGAGGAAGUCCACGCCAAUUAUGUUCAAGAAUACAACCGUGUUGAUGCAAGAGUGUGGCCAGACGAUGUUCCCUUCGAUGAAGCUAGUUUACCUGAUUACAGACAUUGGUUCCAACAAAAUGGUAUGUACACAGUAUUCUUCGAUUCUCAAUGCUUGGGCGGCCUAGAUAAACCUAUCCCAUAUCCUCGAGAUAGCAUCGAAUGGACUGGCUACAUGCCUAGUGGCCGCCACUGCUCGAAUUGGGUUACGCGAGAUAAAGAAUGCCCCAUGGGGUAUUAAAUGUGUUAUUACUAGUGGAUGGAAGAAGAUAGGAAAAACUAUACUGAGGUCCUGUGUAGGAAAUUUGUUGGAUUUGAACCUGGAGCCUAGGCUGCAAAGCAUGCUUACUGAGGCUAGGUUACCACUGAAUAUUGAAGAUAUUCCAUCUGAUGAAGAGGUUUCUGAUAUUGCUAACCCACAAAGCCCCCCAAAAGAGAGCAACUCCGAUGUGUUCAAUGAAUGGAUAUACUCCGGCAAAGGUUUUACAACAUAUCUUAAGGCUGGUGAAGCGAUGAGAGAUGGGGAACCGACAACACAAGAUGUAGGUCAAGUUACCCAAUAAACCAACUCGAAUGAGCUUGGUAGAGCUAGUAGGCUUGCAUAAAGGAGUUCGUAGCGACUAGUUGGUUAGAAUGGCCAUCUCUAGAGCGACCUGGAGGUGUAGCUGACCAAAUCUUUUUGUAUUUGGCCCAAAAAAACAGUUCAGGAAUUUUGUUUCUGCUAUGGCAGAUAUGGAUUGUAAUAGUUCCCCAAAAAAAAUAUUUGUUACUCCUUAUUUGAUAAGUUCAUCUCGAGUAUAAUUUUGUUUACAUAUAAAGGAAAAUGUGGUACCACAAAUGCAAA